CCUCGGUGAAGCAAACAUGGCGGCUGAGGGAGAUGUUGAUUUGGACCUGGAGGCCGAUGAAAACUGCACCGGGAAACCUGCAGAAAAGCCUCGCAAACAUGACAGCGGGGCCGCGGACCUGGAGAGAGUCACAGACUACGCGGAGGAGAAAGAAAUAUCCAGUUCCGACUUAGAGACGGCGAUGUCCGUGAUCGGAGACCGACGGUCACGAGAACAGAAAGCCAAACAGGAGAGGGAGAAAGAGUUGGCCAAAGUCACCAUCAAGAAAGAGGACGUAGAGCUUAUUAUGUCAGAGAUGGAGAUUUCCAGGAACGUGGCCGAGCGCAGUCUGAGGGAACACAUGGGGAACGUAGUGGAGGCUCUGGUGGCUCUGACCAACUAAACAAAGAAACACAGCUUUUUACACUCUGGACGGCUUCACACCUCGUCAAUGAAGAUGAACUCAGCGGUUAAACUUAUUGCGGUGUAAUCUUUUUUUUCUUUCCUUCUUUU